CAGCGGUGGGUGGUUGUGUGUUGUGCAAGCUCUCACUUGGAUCUUCCGUGUACUGAUAGCUGGUAUACAUGAGCUCAAGUGAUGUUCAGUUCUCAGUUAGUUCCAACUGCUAUAAAUAAUGUAUUACAUGAGCUGUGAAUACGUUUUACCAAAUCACUCCGCUUGAUUGUGUGCAAGAAUUCAUGAGCAUGCAACUGAUGCAAGUGCAACUAGACGGCGAUUUGGCGUGGAUCGUGCUAUCUUAGGUGCUAUAGAUUAGGAUCCUAUAUUGUUGCCUCCUUAACAUCAAGUCUGUUAAUGCCUCUUUUUGUCGGUUUCCAAACACCUGCCCAAGUGAUGGAAAUCAACUCUAUUAGCAAUACGGUGGUCAAAAAAGAAGUGAACAGUUCCCCGUCAUCUUCCCCUCGGGGCGUCUCAGAGCCCCUGGACGGGGACCAGCGCCCCCCCGACGCGGGGGGCGGCGUUGACCUGGCGACCCUCAGCCCCUGCGACUACACGGCUCGUCUGCUGCAGCUGAAAAGGGAGCAGCAGGUGCAGCAACAGCUGCUUCUCCACCAGUACCAGCAGCAGCAGCUGCAGCUGGCCGAGCAGCAUGAAAAGGAACUUCAGAAUCAUAUCAAAUACCUGGAGCAGCAGACGGCGCGCGCAGAGGAGGAGCGACAGGAGAAGCAUCGUCAGCUGGAGCUCGACCGCCUGCAGGCGAUAAAAAAGAAGAGCAAAGAAGAGCAGUCAGCUGUUGCCAGCUCUGAGGUCAAGCAGCUGUUGCAG